UGCGCCAGACCCCGGGGUUCUGGGUGGCUUUUUUUUUUCGCUCGAGCAAAAAUGAACGCGUGAGGCAGCGUCAGAAACUGCAGAGUUACUAGAAUUCAUGUGAACAUGUUGAAGAGAAAGAAGCCUCAUAGGAAGCGUACCAAAGCAGAUUCGAGUGACCCAGUUGCCUACAAACAGCGCAGUAUUGUUGGCAGUAAAGUGCAACAUGGUUGGCGGGAGAAGUCUGGAGUGGUAACCCAGUGGAAGGGCACAGUGCUAGACCAGCUGCCAGUUAACCCCUCACUCUUCUUGGUCAAGUAUGAUGAAUUCGACUGUGUGUAUGGGAUUGAACUUUUCAAAGAUGAAAGGGUUUCGGGUCUUGAAAUUCUACCAGAUAAAAGCGGUCGAACAAAAAUAGUGGAUGCUGACCUGGCAGAGCUCAUAGUGGGGAAAGCAGUUGAGCACAUGUUCGAGAAGGAUGAUGGAUCGAAGAACGAAUGGCGAGGGAUGGUGUUGGCUCGUGCACCUGUCAUGACUACGUGGUAUUAUAUCACAUAUGAAAAGGACCCUGUACUGUAUAUGUACCAGCUACUGGAGGACUACAAAGAGGGAGAUCUCCGUAUCCUGCCAGAUUCAGAGAACAAGCAAGUUUUGCCAACUGAGCCUGGUGAAGUGAUUGAAAGUCUUGUGGGGAAACAGGUGGAGUACGUCACAGAGGACAGCACAAAGAGAACGGGAUUGGUGAUCCACCAAGUACAGGCUAAACCAUCCGUCUAUUUCAUCAAGUUCGAUGACGAUUUUCACAUUUAUGUGUAUGACUUGGUCAAAACUUCCUAGCUGCAUGCAACGCUUGCCAUUGCCUUCACUAAGAGAUUUUUACUGUGAACAGAUCACUGAAGAGACUUGUGUUCUUUAUGUUAGCCCUCCAUGUGUUUAUUUUCAAGGACUUACGAAAGGUGAAAUUUUAACCCAUCUCCCUUUUUUGAUAUUCCUGGCAGUUGGAAAAGCAUUGUGUUAUCGUGCCUCCUGUAGUGAUCAUUGUGUGUAUGUGAUUGUGUGUGCUCGCGCACGCGCGUGUGUGUGUGUGGGGUCAUCCCUUGGAAUGAGGUUGAUGCUUGCUCGUGGCAAGAACUUGCACAUGGAGUCUUUUAACAUGGGGAGGCUAUUGCACUGCAUCUGCCGCCCAGUGCUGACUGACGGAAACUUGUCAGUCUUAAUCGUCUGCCCCAGGCAUUUUGGAAGGAUUGACAGAGCGAUAAUCAACCUGUUUUAGCUGUGAUGGGAACGCUCCUUCCGUGGCCAUCAAGUCCUGGAGUGGGACUUGAACCCGGAACUUCUGGUGCAGAGUUAAGGACGCUACCCACUACACCACAAGACCACCUACAGAUCAAUACAACUUGCAUAAUUAUGACAGAACAAAGAACUGCGGGUGCCGGAAAUCUGAAACAAAAACAGAAAUUGUUUGGAGAAACUCAGCAGGGCUGGCAGCAUCUGUGGAGAGAGAAACAGUUAACGUUUGGGUCCAGUGACCCUUCUUCAGAACUCCGAAUUUUUCUGUUUUUGUUGUAUGAUUGUAACACUGACUGAGACAAAGGCAAGUCUUUCACUGUAGAGUUCUCUGGUCCCAUCACACUCAUACAUCUUUGUGUGAAUUGUUCUCCACUGAGAUCUUCUUGGACAAGAAGCCUCUUGACUCAAAAGUGAGUAAAUGUGACUCCUGCUGCUUUGGGCUUGCAGAAAGCACAUUCUCAGUAGCUGAGUGCGAGGAGACUUCCUACUGAAAGUGAUGCAUGUUAUUAAUAUGGUGGUGAUGGAGGUGGGAGAUGGAUGGUGGUGUCUGAAAAAACUUGACUAAAUUAGGCGGCAGAAUCCUGCUUCAAAUGUGCUUUGAAAAGGUGCUAAAUUAUUUAAUGGAUUUGUGUUUGGUUUUAAUGUGAGCUUACCUAAGAUUUGAUGCUGUUCGUUUACUGAAUUAUGGAAAAUAAGCCGAUUUUAAAGAAAAUUUAAAGUAAAACGUUUGGGAAAGGAAUUCUGAAGAUAUUUUUUGGUAACUAUUUUGUGACAGCGUUUUCUGAUUUGCCUUGAACUUUGGCACAAUCCACACUGCCAGUUGAGAGAACGUGCAAGACAUCCAUCUGUUGUGAAGCACUUUUUCUGUGAGUAGCAUGGACCACACAUAGAGAAGGCCGUGUCUGUGUGUGUGUGUGUUUGUGUGUGUACAUGUGUAUCGUGCCUACCAUAUUCAGGCUAACAGAAAGAAUAUCGUCUCUUUGUUGUGCAACUUCUGCAAAACUCAUCAGAUAUCAAAUCUUGUUUUUAUUUUGUGUCUUCGGCUUUGUUUUACAAAAGUAAAGGCAAAUAACGAAGUAGAAUUUUGGACUUGAUGGCCUUAUUCCUUUUAAAUCAAAGCAAAACUGGUCCAUAUUUUUCAGACUCAGCUGUGCGCUUCAUUGUGGAAGUGAAGUCUCCAAUGUUCUUAUCUUUUCUGUCCCAUGUGUAAUUUUAUUUGGAGAAGGAGGAAGGUCCAGCUUGAGAUUUCACAUGAAAAGUUUGGGAGUGGUCUCAAGCCCUGUCCAUCAGAGCCUACGGUGGUUUUAAAAACGUAAUUGGAGCACUGUCAUCGACCUAGACAUGACCCCCACAUCCUGACUGAAUUGCUUGUCUCCCAGUCCUCUUCCCCAUAACUCUGCAGUGAUGUCUUUUGGAUUUCAGUCAUGUUAAAUGGCAGACUCUUUGAAAUUUUCCUUUGAACCACGAAAAGAAAACAGACUUUCUUUCCCCUUUGUGUUGUCUGAGUUUAAAAUGCUGAUGUAUACAAAGUCUGUCAAUUGCAGCAAGCAAAGAGUUUGAGGUGAUGAGUUUAAGAACAUUUGAGUAAGGAGGAUUAGUAAAGAUACAAGCUCAUCCUUUAUAUUUUGAUGCUACCAAUAUAUUGUUCAAUCCUGGUAAUAACAUUGUUUUUGCGUGGGAAUUAUGGAAAAUAAUUCAUUUUCAUGAGAACUGUUCCCCACUUCUCCAUUGAUUUUUGAUCACCUCAUUUUCAAAGCACUUCACAGUAGUUCAUACUGCCACCUAGGAUUGUCACCCACAAUACCCAGUGCUAGAAGUACAUGGAAACAGGAAACCUUUUUAGAUAAAUGCCUGUUGAUUUUGCAUUUCCCUUUCCCAGUGCAGUUUAGAAAAUUGACUGGUUAGCUUUGUUGUAUAGAAUGCAAUUGGCUUGGGUCAAGCGAGUGAGAAGGAAACGCAAUAGUAUUUCCUCCUCCGUAGACUUGCAGUAAGUGGCCUACCUUUUUUAGUUUAUUAGCAAACUAAAUUAUUUGACAGAAAAGAGCAAAAGUUAGAGCUCAGUGGAGAAAACAAAUCUGCAAAAUCGUGAUGGUGCAAAUAAAUUCUGGCAUGGAGACCAUGCUUUCUAGAAGGAAAGAUGUCAAUUUAGUAUGUGCGUUUAGAUGAGACUUCCUCUCUAGAAGUUUGUGAGUCAUCACUGUCGUGCUGUCAGCUCAUUGUUGCCUCCCUGAUUCCCAUUUUAUGUCACCCUUACAUUUUAUUGCACUGAACACCAGGUUAUAGUCCAACAAGUUUAUUUGAAAACAAGCUUUUGGAGCCUCCCUCCUCCUUCAGAACUAUAACCUGGUAUUGUGAUUUUUGACCUUGUCCACCUCAGUCCAACACCAGUGCCUCCACAUCGUGGCUUUAUUGCAUUGUUGGUUAUUUACAGCACCUGGGGUACAAUGUCAAACUGAUAGUUAAACAAUCCCAGCAGUGAGCCUGUGACUGUAUCAGUGAUGUCAAACAUAGUCCUUCCCUUUCCCUGAAAGUUUGGCGGCUUUGCUCAGCUGUGUGCUGCUCACAUAGAUGCUAAAAUGCUUUCAAGAUAUUUGUACGUACUUGUAAAAUAUGCAAUGCCUACAAAAGAAAUGCUCUUCAUUAUUGAUUUUGUAUAUGUAAACUGAGGUUUAUUUUGCUUUUUAUUGUUGGAGGUGGGCAGGCGCAUUACUUUAUGGUGCUGUGUUCACGGAGCAAGUGGUUGCUUUCUGUAUGAGUAACUUAGAAACCCACCGCAGUAUUUUUUAAACAAUCUCCACUAAUUUGACACUAUUCAGACUGUUGCUGACAACUUGAGGAAGACAGUGAUACUGUUUGAUUUACCUACAUUCUGGUUAAAUAUGCAGCAGACGGAAUAGCAGAUACAAUCCAACCCAUAUCAACUUGCAUGUCACCAUUACAGUAAUCGUUACACCCAUCGUGUUUUGGCCACCAGAUUAUUUGGCUUCUUGAACAAAGCUUAAUUAGUUAAAUUUUCUUUAAUAUCUAGCAACAAGAUUGUACUGAAAUAUUAAGGAAGCCUGCAGACUUCAAUAACAUCUUUUUCUACCAAGUUGUUUCAUUUAUGUACUUUGCAGCAUACUGUCUUAAAACAUACUUAUUGUUAGUGGCUAUCUAUGGGAUAAGUUGUUUGGAAGAGUAUGGCCUAACAUCCUUUUGAAUUUUUCAUACAAUUAAAAAUUAAUUUAGAAUUAGUCAAAAAAAGAACAGAAAUUGCUGAAACUACUCUGUAGAUCUGGCACCAUCUGUGGAGCGAGAAACAGUUUUUGACUGAAGUCAGUGCCCCCUUCUCAUGUGUUUUCCUGUGCGAGGGUCUUGAGUUUGAAAUUAAAAAGGUUUUCAUACAACACAGCAAAUAAACAGGAGUGGACCACUUGGCCCUUUCUUCACUGUACAGUAAGAUCAUGCCUCAGCUCCGCAUUUCCGUCUAUAAGCAAUUAAACCUCUUUGACUCCUUUUUUCAUUUUGGAAAGCUGGCAGAGUAGCAUUAAAGCCACCAUAUUUGCCCACAUGGUUUGGUCAAAUGUCAACAAGAGAGUUCAAGGAAACACAGCUUCCGAAACUCAGGCUUUCCCAAUGGCACAUGUAAUCUUGAAUUAUAAAAUUGAUUAAAAUAUGUACGUUUCAUCAUAAUUCAUCCAUUCAAACCGAAAGGAGUUAUGGGCAGAGAAUCUCAUCACUGUCAAGAAUUGGGUAUCAUUGACAAGGCCAGCAUUUAUAGCCCAUAAUUAGUCCUGUUGAGGUGAAGUGGUGGAUGGCCUUCUCAAACCCAUUGCAGUCAAAUUGAUGAAGCUGCUCCCACAGUACUCUUAGGUUAGGGACUUCCAGAAUUUUGACCUAGCGACUGUCAUUUUGGGUAGUGUUGCAUAGGACUGAUGAGCAUUUAUCAGCCGUUCAUCCUUUGGAGCCUGUUCUGCCGUUCAAGAAAAUUUACCUCUGACUUGGUUGUGCUGUCAGUUCCACUUUCCUGUUCACUGCCCUCUCCCUUUAUUCCCUGACUCCCUUGUCCAUCAAAAAUCUGUCUAAUACAGCCCUGCAUAAAAGAUUCAAUGAUCAGCCUCCACAGUUUCCCAGGGAACAGAAUUCAACAGACAGUAUUAAUUCUCAGAGAAAAGAAAGUCUUGUAUCUCUGACUUAGAUUGUGAUCCUACUUAUUCUUAAACUGUGUACUCUUGUUCUAGUCUCUCCCUCAAGUAGAAGCAUCCUUUCAGAAUCUCCUUUGGGCCUAAAGUGUUUCAGUGAGAUCACCUCUCAAUUCUUCUAAACUAUGGGUAAAUGCCUACUCUGGUCAAACUUUCUUCAUAAGAUGAGCCCUUUAUUCCCAGGAAAGAACUGAAUCAACCUUUUCUGAACUGUUUUUAACACAAUUAUAUUAUUUUAAGUGAGAGACCAAAAUUAUGUACUUCAGAUGUGUUCUCAAAUCUUGUGCAGCUGCAGUAACAUUUUUCCUUUUUAGAUUCCAUCCCCUUCCAACAAACACCAAAACUCUAUUUGCCUUCCUAGUCACUUGAUGUACCUUCAUACAAACAUUUUGUGAUUCAUAUGCCAGGACAUCUAGAUCUUUGUGUACCUCCAGGUACUGCAAAUCUCGUCAAUUAAAUAAAAUGCUGCUUUUCUGUUCCUCCUGCCAAAGUGAACGCAUUCACAAGUUCCCACGUUAUACUCAGUCUGCCAAAUAUUUAUUCACUCACUUAAUUUGUCUGUAUCCCUUUGCAAGCUCUCUGUCCUCUUGGCAACUUUCUCAGCUACAUCAGUAUCAUCAGUAAAGUUUUUAACCUUCUUACACUUCACACCCACCUCAAAAGUUAUCAGCAUAGAUUGCAAGUAGUCAAGGUGCCAGACAUUCUACACAAAAGAAACUACCUUAUCUCUAUGCGUUCUGUUUUGUUAGCUAUCCAAUCCUUUAUCUAUACUAACUGCUGACACCAUGAGCUCUUACUUUGCACCUCAGCCUUUGAUAUGGCACAUUAUCAAGUACCUUUUUAAGAAAGCCAAGUAUGCCACAUGCACAGGUUAACUUUUACCCACGUUGUCUGUUAUUUCCUCAAAACACUCUUAAUAAAUUAGUUGAACAUGGUACUCUUUUCUCAAAACCAUGUUAGGUCUGCCUGAUCACAUGACAAUUUUCCAAGUAUCCUGCAGUAGCUCCCUUAAUAAUGGAAGAAUGGAUUCACUGCGAUCUGCAAGUUCUUGCAUUGCGUCUCAUUGACCAUGCUCACCACAGCUAAGGAACACCAGUUGUGGGUAUAGACUAGUGGAUGAAGUGCCUGUCCUGCUUUGUCCACAGUGAUGUUGAACAUUUGAGUGUUAUUAAUAGUUACAACUGUCUAGGUAAACUGACAGCAUUCAACCGUGUUAUUGACUUACAUUCUGCUGGGUGGUGAGAGGAGCUUUGGGGAAUUAGGAAGUCACUUUUGCUGUAAAAUAUUUAGCUCCUGACCUGCUGCAGUAGAUGCUGACUUUUUUUUUUGUUACUGGCCUAGUUGAAUUUCCAGUCAAUGAUGAUAUCCAGUAUGCUGAUAGUGGGGAGAUCUACAAUAGUAUUUGUGGUUAUGUUUUCUCUUGUCUGAGAUGGUCAGCAUCUCGUGCAUUUGCAGCUCAAACAUGAGUUGGUCCUUCUCCCACACUGUGAUGACCCCCAUUGAACUAUAUCCCAUUUACACUAGUAGGUUAAUACCUCUGAGGGGAAAAAAAGUCACUCAGAUGUAUAAAUCACGCUAGAAAUUUGCAAGUGGCUUUUUAAAAAAAGGAAAUUGUAUAGGCUAGACUUUACAGUUAUUAAAAAUCUUUUAUUGCCAUGUUAACUCAGUUGUCUGCCAUUAUUGCUGGUCUUUCAUGCUCCUACUGCUUGUUUUCUGCAUGUAACCUUCUAAAAUGUCAUUAGACUCAUAAAGUUGUCUUUAUUUCUGUUGUUUGCACUGUGUCACUAGAACACCAUUUUCCAAAGGAUUAUAAAUCUGGCACCUUCUCCCUGCUUUGCUUAUCCAGCCUCCCCUCCAAAACUACAUCUAAACUAAUUACCUCAAUUAAUCCAUGUGAUAAUGAGUUGCACACUGCCAACACAUUCCAGGUAAAGAUUUUUCUAAAUUCCCAAUUUGAUUUUAGGCAGUUAUACUGGUGGCCUCUACCUUUGCCCUUCUCCACAAGUGAAGACAGUCCAUUUGGAGUUGACUUCAGUUUUCCUCUCUGAGGGAAAGAGGUAAAUACAAAAAGGGCAGAAAAAUCUGUUGCUGGCCUGGGAGUGUUGGACGUUUUGUAACUGCGUGCAUUCAAAAUUAUGGCAAGUCCACUGAACCAAUGGGUGGAUUAGAUAUACAAAGUGACCCGCACAGAACACGGAAUAAAAGAUGGUAUUUCACUUCCUAAUGCCUUCGCUGUCGUGAGUAAUCAUCAAGAAAAGAGAUUUGUAAUGAUUUAUCGAGAAGGGUGGCACACCGGCCAUGGUUUGAGCACAUUAGUUCGUGAUAUUCUGCUGGGGCAAGUCCUAAGUUGAAUUUGGUGCUUAUUCAUAAUGGGGAAGGAGGAUGAGAGUUCACAUGAAGUCUAGGCCUGUUGCUGACAACACCCAUAUAAGGCACUGUCUUAUACCAGAAAUCUUAGAAAAAUACUCAUUAGGAAGAUUAAGAAGUCUACCUGUUGCUAUCUUUAGGAAAUAGUGUAAAUAUUUUUAGUUUUAGGUGCAAGAGGGUUUCUUUGACUUUAGAAAAUAUAUACUGAAAAGAUUCCAACCAAAAUUGACCAUUGAUGUGAUCACAAGGCAUUACAGUUUUGGUAGUACUGAAGCCAUUGAUUUUUAAACUCCACUUCAGGAUCAGUUUAGCUCCACUUUGAAGAUGUUUCUGUUACUAGAUUUGGAUUGACAAUUUUAUGUGAAAACAGUUGUGGCCUUCUGGAAUUUGUUUAAAACUGUAGAGCACUCACUGCUUUCGAGAGACACAUUUCCCCCUUGUCUCCCCACCUCUUACUGCAGCAACAGGAAGCCCUGUGUGUUUGACUAUUUUCUUUCCACUUACCGGGUUUUGAGAUUUAGAAAAACUUGAAACCUCAUUUAGCUCUUGCUUAUGGCUUAAAAUGACAGCGUGCUUUAUGGUCACAGUGAGCAUUAAGCAUGGUCUAUGCAGUCAGUUUGUUGCAUCAACAGUACAGUUAUGUCAUUGUUUAAAAAUCGCUGAACUGACACCUGUCCCAUGUUAAUGGGAAAAGGGAAUACAGGCCUGGAAUGAACCGAACCCUGGCUGUGUUCCCAAUUAAAGGGUUAGAUCAUAAAACUGAAAGGCAAGUGUCUGGGAACAAGCGUAAAUGUUGCAAUGGUUAAUAGUUAGCUGAUUGCUAAAGACAUUGUAAAUGUUAUCAAUUUAUUACUCCUGAAUAUCAUUUGAGUUGUAUAUGUUCUCAUUGUUUGUUUGGGAAUGUUCCCUAUUCCUAAGUGUUGUAGAAGACUUGAAACCUCCCAAAGUGGUUUAGUUCACUCUAGCUUCUGGAAAAGUUGCAUGAACACAGCAUUACUCCACCAAUAACUGUUGAAAUUCCAUUUUUUUUAAAAAUUAUUUUGCUUUAGAUAUGGAGAAUCACAGCAUUUUAAUUUGAGCCAAUGAUUUGAUAUUUACUAUGAGGCUUUCACGGAAAAUGGGUGGAAUCGCAGGACAUUAUUUCCAAAACACCAGCAACAGUUCCUGAACCUUGCUUGAAACAGGGACUUGUUGCUGAAGCUUUUUAUCUUGCAUUCAGCAGGGCAAAGGCAAAAAUACCAAAGUUUAAAUGCUCUCAACAAUCUAUAUUAAAAAUACAAAUAAUGAAUUGAGAUCAUUUGAAGUAUGGCAUUUUGCUUUUUAUUCUAAUGAUUGCGAGUUGAGAAUUUUCAGCAGCACGUCUCUUAACAAUAUUCAAGGCCUGCACACUACUGAGUUUUAGCUCUUGAAUCCAAAUUAAUAAAAAUGUAAUCAUGAUUUAUUCAUGAGCCAGAAGGUAGUGGCACAAGAUAUGAUUGUGGAGCUGUUACAACAUUUAGUCACAAUUUGGAUCAACAUUUAACAUCGGACAUCCCUUUCCAUAUGGUUACACUACUAUUUCAUUGAGUAGACAGGUCUUGGUGUUACUGUAACAAAAGCUGCAGCCGUGAAUUGACUUGGUGUUUUCUUCUCUUCCGUCUUGCUGAGCAACACCACAGGAAAGAUCCCACUGUGUCAAGAAGCAAAAGAUUUCAAUCUCUGGUCAGGUGCUAACUGGGCUUGUGUAGCACAGCCUCAGGACUCUCUUAAGCAUUUGAGGGGCCAAGGCAGAAAAACAGGCAGGAUUUCCCACAGCUGCUCACUGCCCAGUUGAAAACAGUGCAUGCCAACAGAUGAUGGCUGGACUGAGUUGGAUCUUGAGCAAAUUGUCCAAUGCUCUCUGGGUUCAUGAUUUGAAAUUUAAGGAAGUCAAUGGGAUUGCACCCUGGUGAGAAUCAGUGUUUAUUUUUGUUGCGGGAUUGGGGUGAGUUUUUUUUAACUGAGGAUGUGGCAUUCGUAAAGGACUGAAUGGAUCACACAUUUGGGAGGAUGGGGGAAUUUCAAGUCUUCAACUACAUUGGAACAGGAGAAUAUUUCACUUCUUGUCUGUCCAUAAGUGUUGCCUCUAUGGCAGGGCACCUAAUCUGUAAAUAAUUGCUAUGUUUAACAUUUUGAAUAUUCAGUGUUGGAACGGAUUUGUUUCUCAGCAGGACGAAUCUCAACAGCUUUCAGAGCAAUUUCACCAUCGAAACCUGCACUAACAGCUGCUUUGAAAUGGCAGCAUUUUAAAACGAAGGGAAAAAAUGCAUUUAAAAGAUUUUUUCCAGUUGUGAUAUGCUGCUUUCAUUUUCAUGGAGAAACACAAAAAUAAAAUCCAUAUUGCUGA